UAUAUUUUUUAAAAACCUAAUAACUUUCAUAAUUAUAAUAAUUUCACUUUUAUUUUAAAUAAAUUAUUAAAUUUAAUUUUAUUAUUUAUAUAUUUAACAUUUAUAAUCUAUUGUUUAAUAUUAAAUAUUAAUAUUUUUUUUUUAAUUUGUUGUAGAAAUCAUAAUGGCAACGACUACUAGCUCUACUCCUCAAAGCUCUACUCCUCAACGGACUUUCAAAACUGACCCAAAUUCACCUUUAUGGAAAUAUGUCAAAAUAAUAGACCAAGUAAAAGGUGGUGGAACAUUUUUAUGGAUAUGCAACUUCUGUAGUACGAAAAAAACUAGCUCCUACAGUCGUGUCAAAGCCCAUUUUUGUGCCAUUCCCCAACAAGGAAUCAAACCAUGUCUAGGAAAGAAUGGAAAUGGGAUGUCACCUCAAGAAAUAGCAGGAUAUAUUAGAGAGCAAGAGGAAGCAGAUGCAAGAGUUGGUCGUGCCUCAAACCAUCCUUUGUUGACAAGAAGAGGAAGUAAAUCAAAGAGGCCCCCUACUUCUCCAUCUUAUAGCGAUUUUCCUGAUAUCAUGGUAGAGAGCCACCCAUUCUUGGACCCAAUUAGUGAAGAACCUGUUAUUGUGAAGAGAAGCAAGGGACCAUUAGAGAGAGCAUUUAAGAAUGAUGCUAGAGAGAUUGCAGAUCAAUCCGUUGGAAGAUGUCUAUAUGCAAACGGUUUGUCAUUUAAUGUGGUACGAUCACCAUAUUGGCAGGAUAUGUUGAAAAAGGUAAAUGAGGCUCCACAAGGGUACAUAGGGCCAGGUUAUGAGAAGGUGCGUAGCACCUUACUAGCAAAGGAGGUAAAAAACAUAGACAAUGCAUUGGCUCCCAUUAGAAAUUCAUGGAAACAAACAGGGGUGUCCAUCAUUUCAGAUGGAUGGAAGGAUACCAAAAAUCGGCCAUUAAUUAAUGUAAUUGCAGUGUGCCCUAAAGGGGCAAUGUUUCUGAAAGCUGUGGAUUGUGAAGGACAGGUGAAGGAUGCACAAUUUAUUGCUAACAUCCUUAUACAAUGCAUUCAAGAUGUGGGACCUCAAAAUGUUGUCCAAGUAAUAACGGAUAAUGCAAAGAAUUGUAGAGCUGCAGGUAUGUUGAUUGAGACACGGUUUGAACACAUAUUUUGGACACCUUGUGCUGUCCACUCUCUCAACCUCAUGCUACAAAAGAUAGGCAGGAAAAUAGAUUGGAUCAAACAAAUUUAUGUUGAGGCUGAAGAGAUCCAAAUAUUCAUCACAAACCAUAACAUGUCACAGGCCAUUUUCAGAUCAUUUUCACAGUUGGAGUUGCUAAAGGUAAUUGAAACACUUCAAUUUUUAAAAUCUACAUUUCACUUUGAUGGUUACUUAAUUUUUUUUUUUUUAUCAUGUCUUCUUUGUAUUCUAAUUUUUAUUUUUAAUUUUUGAAUAGGUUGCCGAGACCCGAUUUGCAUCCAACACAAUCGUCUUGAGGCGACUUGUGAAGGUGCGACAGCCACUUGCUAGCAUGGUAAUUAGUCAAAGUUGGUCCCUAUGGAGGCAAUCCAAUACUGAAAGGGCAGCAAAUGUAAAGCGCAUGAUCCUAGAUGACACUUGGUGGGAUCGAGUGGAAUAUCUUUUGAGUUUCACUGAGCCCAUCAUGAGUAUGAUCCGUUAUACUGACAUGGAUCACCCAUGUUUGGGAGAGGUAUAUGAUGGCAUUGACUCGAUGAUUGAGAAAAUGAAAGCCAUCAUCAAUGCAAAAGAGCAAGAUCCCGAAGAAACUUUCUUCAAAGAGGUUCAAUCAAUUUGUGUUGAGCGGUGGAACAAAAUGACCACCCCACUACAUCUUCUUGCAUUUGCAUUGACUCCCAAAUUUUAUAGUGAUGAAAUGCUUGCUAAGCCAUCAAGGGUACCACCAUAUAGAGAUUCAGAAGUCAGUGAAGGGUGUAGGACAGCACUUACUAAACUCUUCCCAGAUUCUGAAAUGGAGGAUUUAAUGACAAGUGAGUUUGCUGAUUUUGUAGCCUCCAAUGGUCAAAGUGUUUCCGCUCUCUGUGACAAGUAUAAAAAGGAUUCUCAUGCUUGGUGGUACCUCAAUGGCCAUACAUCACCAAACCUUCAAACUCUUGCAAUCAAAGUUUUAUCGCAAGUUGCUAGUUCCUCUUCAUCUGAGCGAAAUUGGAGCACAUACUCCUUUAUCCACUCAGUGAAACGCAACCGACUGGCAGCAAGUAAGGCAGAAGAGCUCGUUUAUGUGCAUUCAAACUUGCGCCUUCUUACUCAUAAACAAAAUGAGUAUAAGGAUGGGAGCACAAAGUUUUGGGAUGUAGAUCCAGAGCGAACUGAUUUGGAUUUUUCAGCUGCCACACAAUCUUUACUUUCUGGGGAGUCUGAUAGCCAAUGUGCUGCUAGUGCAAGUGGCAGUGAGGCUGCAUGUGGUUCCAGUACUCUACCUACAUCAUCUAAUGUCAAUGAUGAUGUUGAUCUUGAUCUUCCUAGUGACCCAUAUGAUGCUAUUGCUGAUUAUUAGUUGUGUCAUUUUAUUGUUGAACGGUUGAGCCAGUGAACAAUGAAUUCGAUAUCUAUCAUAACAUUCAAAGUUUGUAAUUUUGUUAUAGACUUAUAGUUAUAUCAAUAUGAAUCAUAUAUGAUAGUUCCAAGUUUUGUUUAGCAUAUGGAUGAUAUGUGGGAUUCUAAAUUUAAUUUUUGUUUCUACUUAUUAGAGUGUAUAUAUGUAUAUAUUUAUGAUUUUUACAUUUUUUUGUACGGACGUACCCAUACGUACCCAGGCCCCCCCUAAAAAAAAUGCCGUACCAGCGUACCGUACCCACGUACCCGUACCCGUACCCGUACCCGUACCAGC